GGAACAUCCCUGCGGGGGUGGGGGUAGGGUUGGGGCUGAACUUGGGCACCAGCACCAGCAUGACAGCUAAGCACCCCUCCCUCCGGGUGAACCUGCUGGAGCUGCAGGGACAGGUGUUGUGGCUUGUGGGCGACCACAAUGAGGGGCACGACAAAUUCCUGACCACUGCCCAGAGUCCUGCUGAUGAGCCCGCUCUAGGAGCCCCCAUCCCCCAGGAGCUUGGGAGUGCUGACAAGCAGGGUGAUCUUCGGGAUGUGAGCCUCACUGACAGCAUGGAGCCUGCACCAGGAGAGGCCAGAGAGGGUUCUCCCCACCACAACCCCACUGCGCAGCCGAUUGUGCAGCUGCUUCCUCUAACGCAGGACUCCCCUGGAGCACCGAGGCUUGGGCAGCAACCCCUGCAUGCCAUUCUUUUCGGGCUGCCAAGAACAGGGAGAUAAACAUCAUCAUCAUCUAAGAGCUGCUCACGAAAUUUAAAAAAAAAAAAAAAAAAACAGUUAAGGGAUUAAUCUCCUACACAAUUCAUUUACUUCAUUCGAAUGUUAGAGCCACUCAUGUUUAUUUGUGUUUCUAACUUACUUUAAAUUUAUUUGUAGACAGGUAAAGGAGAGUGGCUCUUUCCCUCAUGUUCACUGUGUAUUUUGAUAGUUCAAAUCACUUCACUUUUACCUGACACAUAUGACUAGGAAUGACCUUCAGAUAGCGUUUAGCAUCUGUAACCUAUCUGACAAUAAUGUGUUCAUCAGGGACCUCUGGAUUAAAUCACAUACUGCCAUAUUGAAGCUGAAUGUCAGAUUGAAAAAUAAAUGUGCUAUAUUAACUGAAA